GCAAGUAGCUGAGAUGCUAGAGUCUGGGUUAAUUCAGCAUAGCUCGAGUGCGUUUUCAUCACCAGUAUUGUUAGCUAAAAAGAAAGAUGACACGUGGAGGUUUUGUACUGACUAUCGGGCUUUGAAUGCCGCGACUAUCAAUGAUCGAUUUCCUAUUCCUAGUGUCGACGACAUGCUCGAUGAGUUGGCUGGAUCGC